ACUCUUAACCAGCCUAGCGCAAGCGCCGUUUGUCUCCAUGCCAAAGUUGGGAUUACUGUUCCGAAAGCCUAUCAAUUUUUGGAGGUGUGAAAGAUAUGGAUGUAUCUUGCCGCUACAAAAAUUUGUGAUUUUGCUCCCGCCCAGCAGUCAGGUAUAACACGACGUGAGUGAUCUGCUUUCCGGCUUUUAUCAUUCUGUUCUUAAAUUAGUAUUGCGAUUUUGACUAGAAUGGCGAGUAAAGAAGAAAACGGUUUAAAUAAUAAAGUCGCGUCGCCUGUAGAAAAUAUUGAUAAUUCGAGAACAAAAGACAACGACGACGAAGUCAUCGUUCAGCGUGUCAUUAGACUUCGAGAUACCCAGGGUGAGGAGACCGAAAAUAUCGAUGAUGAGGAUUUCAUGAAGGAAAUGGACGUCGUUGAUGCCUGGGAAGGCGACGAGGACAGAUUAAAAGAAGAUUUCAAACGGAAAAAUCGUCCGAAGGACCGCGAAAAGCGACUCACUUCUAGGGAACGUCGACGACUUGAAAGAAGAGCAGAAAGCCGAGAGAGGGAGAGACUCAGGAGAGAGGAGAGAAAGCGAGAGCCAGCUCGUCGCGAUCCAUCCAAAAGCAACAAGGAUAUCGAGCGGGACAAGAUACGUGCAAAGAGGGACUCUGAGAGUAAACUCUUAGCAGAGAAAGAAAGAGCGAUCAAGCAUAUCCUGGAUUCGGAUGAGGUGGUGCCACCAGGAACAGAAGAGGAUGCUAUCGAGAGUAUAGUGGAAAAGCAAACACAACAUGAAUCUUCUCAGCGCCGAAAGAGUUUAGAACGAUACAAGCUGAGCCCCUCAAGGCGCAGAAGAGCAAGUCCCUAUCGUAGAAGAAGUCCUGCGAAAAGAAGUCCUUUCCAGAUGAGUCCUGACAGAAAAAGAAGCCCCAAUUAUCGCAGGAGUUCACUCGUCAUCAGUCCUGAUCGUCGCAGAAGUCCUGAUCGACGUAGAAGAUCCAGUUGGGACCGCAGGAGUAGCACGGAAAGGAGAUGGAGCAUUGAAAGACAAAAAAGGCGACUGGAACAACGUGAGCGCGAGCUGAAAUUGUCGAGUCGAAGGAGCCGAUCUCGCGAUCGUCAUCGGAGUCCUAGCACCGAGCGCCGUAAAAGGUACAGUCGAUCACCCAGACGUCGAAGCCAUAGCCGCAGUAGAUCACCCGACCGACGCAGAAAACGCUCUCCAUUUAUUAAUGAAAUUGCGAGGCAAUUAAGAAAUGAAAUGGAAGUUGCAUCUACUCUAAACAGAUAUACGGGACCUACUCCGGUAAAUUUUCAGCCUGAACCUCAGCCUAGAACACCACUGUUGCCAAAUCCGAAUUUUACACCACAGGGGCCAGUAAUAGCUAGAACGCCAGUGAUGUCAGCUCCUGUAGGAACAACUGGAAUGUCAGUACUAAAUACACCACCUGGAAUUCAGGGUCCAGGUGGACCACUGCGGAUGUCAGGACCGCCAUUCAUUAACUUUGAUCCACGGCCGCCAAGACCAAUGAUGAACUUUGACCAGAUGCCAGCACAUUUGCGUCUCCCAGAUUUUGCACCAGCACCGUCGUUGUAUGGACAAUCGAAUCCUGCACUAGUUUCUGGACCAGUACCGGUUCCUGUGCCUGUACCGGGACCAGCUUCUGGAUCAUCUAUUUUAGGUCAACUGGGCCUUCCUCUGCCUGCCCCUUCUCCGCAACCUGUCCCUGCUCCAGGACCUGUUGACAAGCCUUCUAUGUAUAAUCAGUCACGUCUGCCAGUGCCUCAGAUAUCUUCAAAACACAAAUCGAUGGAAGUGAACAGAAAUAUGAACCAUCCUUCACAACAAUCGAGUUACCAUGAUCACAGACCAUCCUCGCCUUACAACAUACACGAGAUAACCUGCGACGAACGCCUAAAAACACCAGAACCACCGGUUAUCUCUGAUUCUAAACGCUUUGAAAAAACCAGCUUGUCCAGUCUUUUGGAAGCAUCAGUCUCUGCUAAAGGAUUCCAGCCGGAGAUUCUUCGACAUUGUGAAUACGCCUUACGUGACUUGCCAUCAGAAGACCCACGUUUGAAGAUGAAGGGUAGAUUUUUCUUCGAUCCAAGCAAGGGACUCACUCCAAACGAAACAGCAGAGGAAGCAUCGAAUUCUAUUCUUCUUCGCAAGGGUAAAAAUAAGAUUGAUUGGGUGGACUUAGAGGAGCCUCCACCACCGCCCAAGUUAAUCGUACAAAUGCACCAGAAAAUCUGUCAAACGGAGGAGUUGGAAACAGCAUCAAUGGGGAUCCAGGUUUCUGUCAGCUGCGCACACAUCGGUACUCAAGUGUAUCCCACGGACUUGCAGCAACCAUUCACACAGCAAGAAAAAAGAUCAGUCACUGAUCGUUUGGACUGGAACCUCCGAGAAACUUAUGAUUACACUAGCAAAAUGCGAGAAACAGAAGAUUUGAGAUGGAGCCUAAAUAGUUCUCAGAAGCGACCCUGGGGUCGAGCAAUUUCUCCUGAACGAUCUCUUCGACCUUUGAACGAGCAUAAUCUUAACCUAGGUUCUGGUCUGAGCUCCAGUAUAAGUCUUGGUUCACCCAUGGAUCAUGCGAGAGGCUUAAACUUGGAACCACUACUGAGGGAGAGGGAUCCCUUCCCAGGCAACCGAGGCCCUCUGUUAAAUAACAUUCGACCUGGGAACUAUGCUUCAAGUUUUGGCCGCACCUUAGAAGAGAGAGGAAACUUUUGCAAUGACAGAGGAAAUUUCCGAGAUGAAAGAGAUAAUUUCCGUGAAGAUAUGAAUGAACAAAUUCGAGGCGAAAGUCCUAUGGCCCUUGAUGACCCCUCGGAAGACCUGGACAUGGAUCAAGGAGGCUUCCCUAGGGAGCCAGUAGGACCAAGUAAGGCAGCACUUUUCUUCAAAUCACGGACCCCUCGAGAGUUACCUAUGGGAGUACGACCACCUCUACGUGGAAAUUUUCGAGGCAAAUAUUGGUAAAACUAUAGAAGAGAUUCUUUUAAGUUUACGCAUGGAAAGUCAAAAAGAAUCUUUAGAAGCCUAUAUUUUAUAGUUUUACCAAAGAUUGGAACCUUUUUAAAAUUGCAACAUAGUCUAGUAGAAGUAAUAAAAAAAAGAGGAUAGACCAGAAAAAAUUUGCAGCACUAGCAUUUUCUGCGUAAGCUGUAUCAGAAAAGUGUCAUGAGAAAAAUUUUGAAAAUCCACCAAAAGCAAUUGUAAACUUGAGUUUUCUCAAAAAUAGCUAGGCCGAAUUGCUAGUUUCAGAGGGGUGUUACAGAGAUAACUGAGAUAGUUUUAUAAGCAAUGUGGGGAUGAACUUGAUUCACCAUAAAGAGCAGAAGAACAUUUAAAUUUUUAAGGAUUUUUCUUCAGACUAAUUAAUGAUAUAUUCCUUGCAGCCUUUACCAAUGAGCAAAUAUGAGGUAUUUAUAGCAUUUAUCACUGCUGAUAGAUUCUCAAUAAGGAGGUACCUAAUCGAUGACAAUGAUUUUUUUCUUCUCGAAUGGAUUAAAACACGCAAGAAGAAUGUUCUAAAAAAUGCAUUGACGUCUCGGUUUAAACCUACAACCUCAGUAUAUGUGAGAUACAUUAGCAAAUACGCCACUGCAAUUCUAAUGUAGAAACAUUAUUUAUAUCAUAUUGGAGUUGAAAAGAGACAAACAUAUUUUUGGUCCAGUUAAAUAAUUUUUGAAAGUGGCUUUAGACUGGUUAAUUAAUGAUAGAUUCCUUUGAGUCUGCGUAUCGUCAAUCUAACAGCAGAGACCUCUCAUAUUAAAACAUAAGAUCUGCUCGUUGUAGAGACAAUCUAACAGAGUUAAAACAUUUAAAUUGUUAUGAACGUCUUCCACUGCAUCUUGAAAAGGAGACCUACAAGAGAGUAAUUAAAAAAGAGUGCAUUUUUCAAUAGUUUUUUCACGCGCGUGUUGUAAUUUUUUGCAAGUUUCUACUGGACUAGUAGGUUUGAGGUCAGCAGUGAAGAGUUUUAAAAAAUGUCAGCUAUUAUCUUAUGCUCGCACUUCAACCUUGCUGAUUUGUUAUCAAACUGAAGAAGAUUGUAUACAUUUUUUAUAUUAAAAUUACAUUUCCGUCUUUGUAAAAGUACCACAUAUUUCUAAAUGCUGAAUUUUAUGACUUAGAAGGAUGUAUAUAAUAAUAAGUGCCAACUUUUGUUAGGAGAGAAUUUUGCACAUGCCAGAACUUCGCGGUUAAAAAAUUACUUAGUACUUUGUGUGUGCUAAAAAAAUAUCAACGAUUUACGAAAAACAAUGCAUAAUACAAUGAAUAUUGGUUACGACAUAACCGAGUUACCUUGAUACAAUAGCAGCCUCCAAGCUUUGAAUUGGAAAAUUGCGUGCGCAGCGUUUGUCAGUACCAUAUUCUACAUACGUUUAAUUUACACUUCUCUAUGUAUGUAUUAAAAGAAAACUCCCACUGAUACAAUUUAUUACUGCUUGGAGGUUUUCCGAUAAUGAAAUAUUAAUGGCUUUUAAAAUUUAACAAAAAUGUAUCCAGAUAAAUAUCCUACUUAUGAACAUGGCAACGUGUUGAUUUAUACCUAACGAAAUUUCAGCUAUGUGGAGCAUAUAUUUUAUGCAGAUUGAAUUAUGUAAGAUCGAAAAUAUCGAUGUGAUCAACUUUUAGUAUGUUUCUCGCUGUGUAUAAUAUAAUUUAAAAUUAUAAAA